AUGGGCAGCUGGGAGGCCCACCUCUACGAACAGCCUUCUGAGAAACUGGAGGAGUUUAUCCAGAACUACCUGAGGCCCUCUGAAGACUGUCAGAAAGACAUCGACCAGUCAGUGGACACCAUCUGUGCAGUCCUGCAGAAACCCUGCCAGUCCCUCACCGGGACAGGGGUGGCUAAAUGCCAGGAAAAGCUGGACAAUUCCUGCCUGCUGCCUCCAUACGCACUGGAGCUGCCUACGGUCUAUGCCUGGGAACAGGGGUGUGGUGCGGAGGACUUUGAUAUGGCUGAAGGUGUCAGGACUGUUCUGAGGCUCAUCGAGAAGCAGGAGCAGCUAUGUGUCUAUUGGACAGUCAACUACAGCUUUGGAGGUGAGACCAUCUGCAACAUCCUGCUGAGCCAGCUCCAAGCCCUGAGGCCAGUAAUCUUGGAUCCAACUGACCCAACCAAUAAUAUGAGCAAAGAUAACAUCUCCUGGCCACUGCUAAAAAACGAAGCUCAAAACUGGUUGCAUUCUCACAGGCAGAACGAGUCGCCUGGACCAUCUUGGAAUGUUCUGCCUGCACCACUCUACAUGACCCCAGGCCAUCUGCUAGAUAAGUUCAUCGAGGACUUUCUCUAG